AUGAUAAAAGGACGCAACACGAUUACUCGCGUUUGUAAUGGCCUAUUGAUGAAAAACUUUAGAAAAAUUUUAGGAAAAAAGAUUUUUUUCAUUAAUUUUUCGAAAGCAAAAUUUUUUUCUCAACUCGCGGAAAAUGUUGUUGAACACGGAGAAAAUAAAACAGCAAUGAUUACUGCUUUGUACAAAUAUUAG